AUGUAUCGAAUAAUAUGUCGAGAAUUGUUAUUACGUCGAAUUUCAACAACUAUUUCGGCUUUUGCAUCAUCAGAUGUUAAUGUAAAUUUACCAAAUCCUUGUAUUGCUAUGGCACCUGAUACAAAUCAUAUUGUUUGUUAUCAUCCAGAAAAACUACAUCCAUAUGAAUAUACAAAACCUAUUGAUCGAAAUGAUCCUAGUUUUACUAAGAAUGAAGGUGUAUUUAAAUCUCAAGUUCAACAUGAUUAUAAUAAUCGAUUUUAUAAAAAACAAUUAACGAAAAAAGAUUUUCGUUUGGAAACUGAACAAUUGUCACAAAUGUUCAAUGAACAUCCAGCUCUAUUCAAAUUAACACCUAAAAGAGAUAAAAUUCGUCGAGCAUCACAAUUUCCUGAACCAACACCAGAUCGAUCUGGCAUUUGA